ACCUGAGAGGGAGAGGUAGGCAUCCACAUGGUGACCAUGACCGCCGGAUCUGUGGUCAGGUUCCCGGUGUUCUCCUCUGGCGAAACCGCCACCGAUACUGUGAGCCCCAGCGCAUACACGAGGAACAUCGCUGCCAUUGCGCGAGAGACGACCGUAAUCGACAGAACCCGGGAACGCUUCAUCGUGAUCGCGAUGAGCACCCUGCUCUUGCUCAUCAGCCUCACACUCUUCUUCAUACUCUUCACGCUGCUCUCCGAGGACUGUGUACUACAAAUCGCCCUGGACAGUAUGCACUGCCUUUGUCGGAAGAGAUGGCAGUUUCAUCCCAAACAAAAUGGACAGCUCAUCGUACUAGGAGCGAAAUAAAUCAA